AUGGUCGCAUGUGCGCCUUACGGUGGACCAAUCGCCACAGUCCGCGACCCGAACCACCUUCCCAGGCGCGGCAGCAGCGCAGGCUCGGCAGCAGAUUCGGCAGCGCAGGCUCGGCAGUACAUAUCUGUGUUCUCAGCAGCUGGGCGGCCGAUCUCGCGGUUUUUGUGGGAGCCUCCAGGAGGGAGGCUGAUGGGGUUGGGGUGGAGAGAGGAUGCAGUGGGAGGGCUGGUGCUUGUAACGGUGCUUGAAGAUGGCACUGUUCAUCAGGGGGCUGAUCGGGUUAAGAUGGAGAGAGGAGCGGUGAGAGGUCUGGUGCUGGAAGAUGGCACUGUUCAGGAGCCAGAGGUCUUUCCCCUGGCGGACCCAGGUUUGUCAGACCCACUAGCAACGAACCAGAGGUCUCCCCCCUGGCGUACCCCGGCCUCUCAGAGCCACUCACAGUGGCAAGCCCAUCCGACCAACACCCUUUCACUCCCCCUCCCACCUCCCCCUCCCCCUGCUUUCCCCCUAGCAGGAACCAGAGAGGUCUUCCCCCUGGCGGACCCGGGACUGUCAGAGCCGCCCGCCUGCAUGGCUGUGUUGGAGCCCGUGCUGACGUCAGCGGAUGACGUCAGCGCGUCCCAGGUGGCUGUGCUGCUGGGAACGGAGGCGGCUCUGCUGCGGGUGGAUGGGGAGACGGUGCAGCGCGUGGGUGCCCCAGAGAUGUCCACAGCAGUGCAGCGCAUGGCAGUGUCAGCUUCUGGGAAGCUUCUGGCGUGCUUCACGGCUGAUGGACAGCUGCAUGUGCUGCUGACGUCAGACCUCUCUAGGCGGAUCUCCCACUAUGACACUCAGGUGGGAGGACGCGGUGCUGCUCUCCUGGCAGCACCCCCCCGCUCGGGCCUCAUCCACACACGGAUACUCUCUCCCCUCUCCCUCCUGCAGAUCGUGCUACCACCAGACGCCAUGGCAUGGUGUGGAGAGGACGCGGUGCUGCUAUCCUGGCAGCACCCCCCUGCCCUCAUGCUCGUGGGCCCUGGGGAUGCCAUCAAAUAUUCACUAGGAGGGGAAGAGGACGAGGAAGAGGAGGAGGAGGUGGAGGGGGAGGGGCAGGAGGAAGAGGGAGUGGGAGAGGCAGUAGGGGAGUUGAGUAGGGGCCGUGCGUUCGGCUUAGCAGCUCUUCGCAGGUGUGCAGCUCUUCGCAGGUGUGCAGCUCUUCGCAGGUGUGCAGCUCUUCGCAGGUGUGCUGCUCUUUGCAGGUGUGCUGCUCUUCGCAGGUGUGCUGCUCUUUGCAGGUGUGCUGCUCUUCGCAGGUGUGCUGCUCUUUGCAGGUGUGCAGCUCUUCGCAGGUGUGCUGCUCUUUGCAGGUGUGCUGCUCUUCGCAGUGUGCCAGCGCCAGCAUCAGCUCUUGAUGCCAGCACCACCACCACUACCACCACCACCAGCGGCAGUCGUCUAAUCCUCAUCCCCGAGUGUGACGGCGUCCGCCUCCUCUCCUCCUCCCACUCUGAAUUCAUCUCUCGAGUUCCCGAACCCACCGUAGCCGCCUUUGCCCUCGCCAGCACAGCACCCCCGGCUCUCCUACUAGAGGCGUUUGGGCUAUUUGAGAGGCGGUCGGGGAAGGCGGAUGAGCAUGUGAGGGCGAUGGGGGUGGCGGUGAUGGGGGAGGCGGUGCGAGGGUGCAUGCACGCGGCAGCGCAUGAGGGGGAUGUGGAUGGGCAGAAGCGGCUUCUAUCUGCUGCUGCCUUUGGCAGAGCGUUCUGCAGGAAGUUUCCUCGUGACCGCAUGAUGAGUCUGUGCAAGGACCUCCGGGUGUUGAAUGCGGUGCGGAGAGCGGAGGAGGACGGGCUCACCAAUGGCGUGAGGGCCAUGGAGACAGCAGGCAUGCCGCUCACGUACUCACAGUACAAGGAGCUCUCUCCAUCACGCCUCAUUGCCCGCCUGUGCUCCACGCACCACCACCUGCUCGCCCUUCGAGUCGCUGCCUUCCUCGGCCUUCGCACUGAGAGUGUGUUGGAGCACUGGGCGAUUUCCAAGAUCCUAUCUGCGUCGCAAAUGCCGGACGAAGUGCUCUACGACACCAUUAUAAAGCAGAUCGACACGGACAAGAGGGGCAGCCUGGCAGUAUCGUUUGCAGCUGUGGCAACAGUGGCGUUUCACACAGGCAGGCACGAGCUGGCCACACGUCUGCUGGAGAGGGAGGUUCACACGGGGAGGCAGGUGCGACUGCUGUUGGAGAUGGGAGCGUUUGAGGCAGCUUUAUGGAAGGCAGAGGCGGGGCCAGAUGCUGACUUUGUGUUUCAAGUUCUAUUUCAACUUCUCGAUAAGGCACCAGAGGAGCAGGUGUUUGAGCUGCUCAAGAGUCAUCCCACUGCCCGAAGCCUCUUCAUCUCAUACUGCAAAAAAUCUGACAUUCCUCUGCUCAUGCGAUUCUAUGAGCGCUCCUCCAUGCACCAGUGUGUGGCAGAGCAGAUCGUGAAACAGGGAUUGCAGGAGGGAUUGAGCAGGUGGGGGGCGGAGAGGGUGAGGGAGCUGGAGGCAGCAGCAGAGCUGCUCUCAAGGACCAGGGACCAUGGGUUUCAGUCAAAAGCGGUGGAAGAUUCCGUGAAGCUUCUGCGCUUUCAGCAGCAGUUAGAAGCAGCAGGAGUGCACCUGGCCGCAGCCACCACCACCGCCACUGCCACCGGUGCAGGGGAGGGAAUGGGGAUUGGAGAAGAGGAGGGCAGGAGGAGGAAUGUGGUGGGAGCGAGUGUGAACGAGACGAUUGCGGCUUGCCUAGCCGCGGGGAACCACAGAGAAGCUCAAAAGCUGAAGAGCGAUUUCAAGGUCCCUGAGCGGCGCUACUACUGGCUGAGACUGCAGGCUCUGGCUCGCCUGAGGGACUGGGAGGGUCUGGAAAAGCUGUUCAAGGAGCGGCGGCCUCUGGUGGGGCUGCGGGCGUUUGUGGAGGCGUGUGUGGAGCAAGGCGCUGUAGUGGAGGCUGCUAAAUACGUUGGGAGAAUUGGAGAUGCGGGGGAAAGGGAAGAGCUGUCGCGACGGUUCAACCUUCCAGACCUGACAUCAGAAGCAGCAGCUGCCGCAGCAGCAGAGAGGGGCGAGGGUGCAAUUCUCGGUACUCUGCGAUCCUUUGCCGCUGCUGGCAGCGCUGCAGGUGCUGCUGCUGUUGCCGCCAACCCCACAGCUUCCUCCUUUUUCGGUUUCGGCAGCUUAUCGUUCAGUGGUAGGGGUGAAGGAUGA